AUGUUUUGAAUUUCUACCAUGACAUCUGGUCAACAAUUCAAUCUGCGAUGGAACAACCAUACCAACAAUAUCUUGCAGGUUUUCAUGGAACAGUACACAAGUGAACAUUUAGUUGAUGUCACUUUAUCUUGUCAAGGACAAUUUCUCAAAGCUCACAAGAUGAUACUUUCUGCUUGCAGUCCCUAUUUUCAAGAACUUUUUCGUCAACAUCAAGUCCAGCAUCCUGUUAUAAUUAUGAAUGGGAUGAAGUUUGUUGAUAUUAAACUUGUGGUCGAAUUCAUGUAUCGAGGAGAAAUCAAGGUUCUAGAAACAGAACUUGAUGGUUUACUAGCAACAGCUGAAACACUUCAAGUUAAAGGUUUAUCAAAUGUGAGGAAUAAAUAUGAAAAAGGUGAUAUUCAAGGAAGUGAGCCACAACCCCAAGUAUCAAGAAGUGAUCACAUGGUAUCUGCUGAGAGAGCAACAUCUGUUACUCCGGGUACACCUAUGCACCUGAGGCGAAAACGCAGAAAACGUUCUGAUUCUCCUGCAGCAGAAGUUCCAGACUCGGGAGAUAAAGAUGAUUGUCUCACAACUUCUGCAAGUUCAGGCACACCUUCAAGUUCAGAAAAGGGGUUGCAACCAUUUGUACAAGUUACAAUGAAACCAUAUACUGAUGAUGAUGAUCUUCCUGCAACGAUAAAAGUUGAGCCUCCAGAUAUUCGAGAUAUUGACGAGGAACCUUCUGGUUGGGAGUCGCCAAAGCUAGUUAUUGAUUUGCCUGAAUCAUCAGGGGAUCAAGGUAAAUCAAAUUCUGUGUCACCAAAACCUUCUCCAAAAACAAAUAAACCUGUUGUUAAAGUGGAUGCUCCUGACUUUCAAAAGCAGCGAUUCCUUAUGGAUUUCCCCCAAAAUGCCCCUGGUACCAGCCAUGACAAUGGGGAUCUUGCACACCAGCUUUUGGAAAAUCAACGUGAGCGAAAGCAAGUUUCACAGUGGCUUAGGAAGCGCACUGGAAAGAUACCACGGCCACCUAAUGCGUUUAUGAUAUUUGCAAAUGAGUGGCGUCGGAAACUUGCAUUCCAGCAUCCAACUGAAAGCAACAAAGAAAUCUCUGUUCGCUUGGGCAUCAUGUGGAAGAACCUCUCUUCUGAUACCAAGGAAAGUUACUACACAGCAUCAAGACAAGCAGAUGAAGAACACAAAAGAAAAUAUCCUGGAUAUUACUAUAGUCCAAAAGAAGCUCGUUUGCGGAAGACUUUAAAACAUGAUUUGGCAAUGGCACGGAAAGGACCAAAAGCUCUAGAAGCUAUGCAUCUCGUGAAGGUUUUGAUGACAGAUGGAAAUGACAACCCACCGUAUGUCCUAUUGCAAGAUGCUCCUCAGUUGAGCCAACAGAAAGAACCACAAAUGCAUAUUGCGAGGAAGAAAACUCCACGCAUCAUUAGACAUGGGGCUCCUGAAAGUGGCUUGCAAGCCGAGCAAAAUGUACAAAAGGAAGCCCUUGACCCACUUCAGCAACCAAAAGAAGCAUUACCAAGCAAAGAAGCAAUUCCAGGUGCACAAAUUCAAACUGAAGUUGACUUGACGGAUGAAAAGUAAUUUUUUGCAGAAGAAAAUUCUUUAUCUUUACUAUAGAAUAAUUAAACAGCUGUGAAAUAUUUGCCUUCAGUUGUGUGCUGUAUAAUUGGUAAUAUCUAGUAUUUCAUAUCUGUGUAGUGCUGUAUAAUGUUAAUGCAGCAUUAAUUGGCAGGUGAAUUUUUUUAUUUACUUUUUCUUAGAUGUUUGCUUUUGACCCUAGCUUAUUUCUGUUAAUGCCCUUAAUGACUGCAAUUUUGUGUAAUAUUUUUGAGGUUCUGCUAAUAAGAACCUGGAAUAAUUGUGAUGAAUGAUCGAAGAAAAUGGCAUCAGCUUUUAUUUUAUGUGAACUUUAUGUUGAGUGUCAAAGAUAGUAUGGUUUUGGAAUAAAAGAAUUUCCAUACUUUUUUUAUGAUCAGACUUGUAUUUAUAUGUAUUAUUUAACAGUUAAUCAUGUUAUUGCAUAAGUUUAAUAACUAGGUUCCUAUAUUGUUUCAGAAAUAUUUGUAAAAUUUGUUUAGUCCUGCCAAAGAUCAAAUAAGGUAAAAAGUUGCUUUCUUGUAGAAUGUGCACAGGGCACAAUAUUUCCUACUUUAGUUGCUUUAAAUUUUAUACAAUGUUGUUUCUAGUUGUACUCUCAGAUAAUAUAGUAGUACUUUAAUCAUGUCAGCAUUACUCUACUUUCAUUUAUUCUUUGUUACAAUAUUUUGUACAUUUAACACUAUAAUAAUUCAUGCCUUGAUUAGGCGUUCUUUACUGCUUUAGCAAGGAGAGUUUCUUAUAUAAAAAUCAGUGCUGUUGUAGUUUUCUGUAAUCAAAAUGCUUUUAAGGUACUUUAACAUCCCAGAAAACAAAGAUUGAAUGUAGACUGUUAAAUUUGGAAACCUACAGAAAGAAAAAUAUGAAGCUGCAGCUAUUGUCAUGCAAAUGUUUUAAACAUAUAAUAUUGGACAUUUAAUAAUUCUUAUAUGGGUGGUUUUUAAUCAGAGCAGUUCUAGAUCCAACAUUCCCAUAAUAUGCAUUUACUUCUUUUCUAUUUAUGAGGUUUUUCAGCCAUGUUAAACCACAUUGUUUAAGCAGUGACUCACUUGUUUUUUGUUGUUUUUUUUAUCUUUUUAAUGUCAAAGCGUUUUCAUAAAGUAAUGAGUGGGUUUAUUUCCUUCUUUGUAAGUGAUGAUUAAAUUUGUUAUGAUAUAUUUAAUCACAAUCAUGGAAAUAUAAUUUAAUAUUUUCGAAUCAUGUAUUGUCAAGAUAAUGUUUCAUUAUGUUAAUAAAUGUCACAUUGUACAAUUUAAAUCACCCUGUAGAUUAAUUCCAAAGUAUGAUAAUUGUUGAUAUUUAAUUUUGAGAAAUUGUUUUUUCUCCUGCUAUCAUUAUUCCAAACGAAUAUGUUCUAGGUAUUUCACAGAGUAUAAUUUCAAUUAUUUUAAAUUGGCUGUAAAGCUGAUAUUUGCCCUCUGAACAAUAAAGUAAUAUUUUGAAAAUAUCGUUGAUCAUGAAUACACUUAUUGAUAUCUUUCAAAUUUGUUUGACUGUUUUUGAAAUUUUUUCUUCCAUCUUAAAUUCUUGUACAUUUGCCCUCUCUCAUUAUUUGAAUUUUCUGCUGAUUAUAGACAUGUAAUAUUAUUUGUAAUGCUCAAUUAUUGACUUGUGUUUGUUACCAUGUUUACAUGUAAUUAAGUUUAAAGUAAUAUGAACUGGAAUUGCCAAUCAAAAGUUAUGGAAGUAAAAAUUUUUUAUUUGUGUUACUGAAGUUAAUGAUUGAAGUAUCUUUAUUUAUAUGUAAUUAUAAAAUGAUGUCUGAGCAGUCUCUUAUCUUGAUAAAAGAAUUGGAUUUUCAUUUAGUAAUAUUUCAUUUCAAUCAUGUUUUUUUCUUGUAUGGUAGUGGAACUUUGAUUCAUCCAUAUUUAAAUAAUAGCAUAGCAUUUUCUCCCAGAAAGAUUUUUUUUUUUGAUAAAAAUUACAAGAAACGUUCCCAGAUUUUCCUGAUUUUUUCAUGUAGAAUGUUAUUAAAUCUGUUAGUGUAUAUAUGUUGAAAGUGACAAAUUGUAUUUUUGAAGUGCCUUAAACACCUCAAAGAAUGAACUUGUGAAAUUCACCGUUUCAAGUGUUUGUUCAAGUUUUUCAUGUGGUAGGAAAAUGAAUGUUGCACAUAUCUUUGGAGUGUUUAAUGUUUGUCUCUGAAAUGGCAAUUUCAUAUAAGUUAAUCUCUCAGAGAAAUUUAAACUGUCUUUAGUAUUAGGAAUAAAAUUUCAUUGAUACUCAAUAAUUUUAUUUCUGUUUAUUCUGCAAGUAAAUGAUUGGUUUCAAGCAUUUGUUUGCUAGAUAACUUGUGUUCUAAAAUGUUGGCUAUGAUGUAUGAAGUUGCAACAUAAUAUUGAUAGUUGUAACAGAAAUAAGAAAUAGAACAAAGUGUAAGGACAUAACUUUUUGUUUCAAAUCAAGAUAUUUAUUAUAUUUUUCAUUGAGUUUUGGCAAUUACAUUUUUUAUAUUGCUCUUUGAGCAAUAAGUUAACUAGGGUAGUUUAUUGAUUUGUUGUUCAGGGUUGUUGUCAUAUCAUUUCAAUUACUAGUUCCCUAUAUAUUUCACGAACUUCACAGAGUUUCCAUAUUAUGCAACUUCAAAUAUUUUUUUUUAUUAAAGUAUCAUAACAUUUCCAUAAAUGGUUAGUUAUUAAGAACUUGCUCUGAUGUGUGUGCACUUCAUUAAUUUGUAUGCCUAGAAUAUGUGCUUGUGAAACAACAUCUUCACCAACAGAACAAUUGAUCUAAAGACUUGUAAGAUUAAUUUUUCUUUUAAAAUGAAAAUCAGUCUUGCGGAUGCCUGUUGCUUUUUGUGUAAUUAUGCUUCUUUUUAAUAAACAUGCUGACUUAAAAGUUAAAUGUCUAAAUGUUAAUUGUAGAUAAUUUUAUAGAUAUUUUUAUCCAAGAAGCUUCACUUGUGCAAGUAAACAUAUUUUUAGUUAAAAUAAUAAUGUUACACUCAGACUGAUGGUAAUGAUGUUGAACUCACAAAUGUUCUUAAAAAUGUCUGUAUUUGUACUGGAAACAUUACCACACAUUUCAUUCAUGAUUACCGUUAAUCCUGUAGUGAAUGUGUAGUACAAAUGCUGAGAUAACCAUGUAAUUAAAGUUAUAAUUUCUUAUCAGUAUAAUAGAUAUACAUUUUUCUGUGUCUUAUUGCAUGUGAUGAUUCUUUUAUAUGUAAUUUUGUUUGUAUUUAAAGAUUUUUUUUGAAUUGUCAUUGAAAAAUUUAUUUCAUUAUGGAUUAAACUCAAUCUAAUCAAUCAUCACAACAAAGUAAUAUCUUGUUGUUUCAUUGCUAAUGUUUGUUAGUAUUAUAUGACACUUAGAAUCUUGUUGAAAUUUAUUGGUGCCAUACAACUUUUUUGGGUAUUAACUGUGUCUCAAUUUAGUAGUACAUAUUCAAGUUGUAAUUAGUGUAUUUAAUUUGUUUCAGUAUAAUUGAAGAAAUAAAUUGUGUGUUUUACCCAAUGCACCUUUCUUGUCUUUUCUGACAUUUUAAUUAUACAUUAAAAACAGUCAAAACUGUAUAUUGUUGCAUUUGAAGUUUAUCUAUUUACUAUCCAAAUGAAUAUUAAAUCACAUUUCCUCUAUCAAUCACGAAAUACUGGAUGAAAAACCAUCAUUGGGUUCACUGGAUGAAAAACUCAUUGUGCCUCAAAAGCUGUUUAAUAUGCAAUGACUUUUUAACUAAUUGGAAAGAAAACCGAACAGACUUUUCUCCAAAAUCAAUGUUCCAUGAUGGCUGGGGCUGAUGUUGCGGCCAUUUGAAUUUGAAGCCCCUUAAAUUUUGGUGAUGCUUUCCAUGUAGAUCUUUUGAAGAUUUUGAAGUUUUUUCAAAAUUAUUCCAAAUAUUUUCCUUGUGUAGAGCCAUGUAUGCAUAUAAAAACAGUGCAAGACAAUGGUGCAGAUCUCACAUUGGUUAAAACCCAAAUUUUUUGGGGUCUUCCAACAAAUACAAUUAUGAAGAUACAAUUUUUUCUUAAUGAAAUGUGUUACUAUAGCAGAUUUUCAAAUAAUGUCAUGUUGAAUUUUUCUAAAUUGUGUGUAUUUUUUUAGAAAUUGAGUGACCGCUCUGAAAAUACUUCAUUUCUUGAUCGUAAUUUUAGGUGUUUUGAGGAAGUUGAUGCAUAAGUUACAAUGUGUAUAGUAUUUCAUAUUUAUUUGUUCGUUCCUUACGUUGGAGCUUUUGUUAUACCUUUACAAAUUAAUCUUUUAGAAAUUAUUUAAAACUUAAUUGAAAUAAAGAUAGCCUUAAGUCACCUGCUCCCAAUUAACACUGUUGGAUACUACGUAAGUUAGAAUUUGUAUAUUAUUUCAUUUUAUAUUGCGACC